GCAUGCAUCAAGUGCAUACCACUAUUGCCAGCAAAACACCAGUCAUGGUUGUUGUUACAUAAAUGUCCCGCGAGGUAUCGCUGCAAAGAUGUAUUCCUGCGCUGACAGAGAAAAACAUUGGAAUCAUUCUGUGUGAUGGUGAUGACAGAGAACCAAAGGAUACAGGCUAUAUUUGCGAAGAAAACUGAUUGCACAGCGUUCAAAGUGUCCAACAUCAAUAAUAUACGGAUGAAAUCGUGUUGUUUGACGGUGGACAAUGGGAUGUAGCCGGUGAGAUGGAAUAUCAUGAGAGACCUGCUACUUUUCGCCAAGCCCGCCUCAACCCCUUUGAUCGGGGAGAGGAGGAGGGCGGCCCCCCAGGGGGUAAAUCCCCCUCUCGAGAUGAGCUGAGACCUGAGGUCUUCUCCUCUAAGAGCAGAAACCAGAGUUUGGACCGAGCCAUGGACCUGGGACUGGCAGAGGACCACUUCUCUCGACCUGUCGUCCCCGUGCAGGGCUCAUUUGUAGCGUCGGACAUUGAGCAGCUGAAGAUGGCCAUAGAGGAGUGUAAGAGAUUAAUCCUGGAGCUGCCUGAGCAUUCAGAGAGACAGAAGGACGCUGUGGUCAAACUCAUCCACCUACGCCUCAAACUACAGGAGCUCAAUGACCCUGAAGAGGAUGAGCCAAACCUGAGGGUACUAUUAGAGCAUCGUUUCUCCAAGGAGAAGAGCAAGAGUGUGAAACAGACGUGUGAUAAGUGCAGUACUAUCAUCUGGGGCCUCAUCCAGACCUGGUACACCUGCACAGGAUGUUACUACCGUUGCCAUAGCAAGUGCUUGAACCUCAUCAACAAGUCCUGUGUGAGGUCAAAGGUCAGCCACCAGUCAGAGUACGAGCUAAGCAUCUGCCCAGAGAUUGGGCUGGACCGGCAGGACUACCGCUGUGCCGAGUGCCGCACGCCUGUGUCACUAAGGGGCGUGCCCAGCGAGGCCAGGCAGUGUGACUACACGGGCCAGUACUACUGCAGCACCUGCCACUGGAAUGACACCGCUGUCAUCCCUGCACGCGUCAUCCACAACUGGGAGUUUGAGCCACGCAAGGUAUGUCGUUCCUCCAUGCGUUACCUGGCCCUGAUGAUACCCCGGCCUGUACUGAAACUGAGGGAGGUCAACCCACUGCUCUUCAACUUUGUGGAGGAACUAGUGGAGAUCAGGAAGCUCCGUCAGGACAUCCUACUGAUGAAGCCCUACUUCAUCACCUGUAAGGAGGCCAUGGAGGCACGGCUGCUACUGCAGCUCCAUGAUCGCCAGCACUUUGUGGAGAACAAUGACAUGUACUCGCUGCAGGAUUUGAUAGACAUCUCCAGUGGCAGACUCAGCUGCUCUCUCACAGAGAUCCACACUACCUUUGCCAAGCACAUCAAACUGGACUGUGACCGGUGCCAAGCCAAAGGAUUUGUUUGUGAGCUGUGUAAGGAAGGAGACAUCCUGUUCCCGUUUGAUAGCCACACCUCAGUGUGCCACGACUGCUCUGCUGUCUUCCACAGGGACUGUUUCUAUGACAAUUCCACAACUUGCCCGAAAUGUGCCCGGAUGACCGAACGCAAGCACGACGAUCCACCGUAUCCGAAAGACAAGUAGCCCUGUCGAUCUAAGCCUGUCACUGUGACUGACAACCUGUGGGAGUGGCCAUGGCACUUUUUCUUAUGUUGAGGACCAUCAAGACAUUUUUAUGACACAAACAUGACUAGCUUUCUCUCUUGCUCUCUCUCUCUCUUUUGUUUUGUGGGGAUGUUAAGUUACUUUUUUCCAGUUCAGUGGACUACGGAAGAUGGUAGCAGGAUACUAGAGUUUUAUAUGAUCCGGUAAUGAAGUGUGAUACUCUGAGACUGGCUGCACUGUAUAGCCCACAGUAACGCAUCCCUGAGCACUUAACCAAUGUUGUACAGUUUGUGUGUUACUGUGAGAGAGUACUGUAUGGGCAUCAUGUUGCAGGCAUGAAUUGCAAUGUUGGUCACAAUUGUCUUUACCUCUUACAAAUCAAAUAUCUUUAACUACCUUGAAGUAGGUGUUAAAUUCCAAAUUAAUCUUAACAAAUCAAUUUAACAAAACUACCAUUCACCUCCAGGCCUUAACUAACAUCGAUAACGAGACCGGUAUUUUAAUGAGGAUAGGUCAUAGCUCUUCAAGACUUCCUCCCUAUGGGCAUGAGGUUUCACCCCACUGUUGUGAAACAAUGCUUUACAUGAUGGACAGUGACACUAAAAUGUUUUAAUUUUAAUUGUUUAUUUGAACACCACAGAAUGAUCUGCCUGACACA